AUGUCAUCAGUGCCUAUAUUAACCAUUCCAGAAUCAUCAUUUGAUCCAUCAGUAUACAACUUGCGAAACCCAAACUCAAAAUCACAACUACUAAUAUAUUUAAUAAAAUUAACUCAUGGAGCAUCAUUAUCAUUAAUUAUUACAUACGCAAUAGGAUUAUUCAUACUAAAACCUUUAUUAGAAACAAAAAAUGAAAGAAGAUUAGAGUUGUUAGAAUGUAUAAGAAACAAUCUAAGAGAUUUUUACUUAAAAGCUAUUACAAAAAUAAGUUAUAUCCCUAUAGUGGCAAUAAGAAGAUCAAAUAAAUUAUAUUCAGACGCUAUAUGCCAAACAGAAUCAUCAUCAAAAGAUAAAGAAUUAAAUGAUAAAUUAUCUCAAACUGAAUUACAUCUCAAAUUGAAAAAAAUGUCAAUAUUAUUAAAUGAAAACGUACGUACUUAUAAAAUGCAAGAUAUGUCAAAUUAUAAAAGUAUCAAUUAUGCAAUCAAGGAUUUACAAAAUAAAUCUGACUUAGUUUAUUUUGAUGAUACUGAGGUUUUCAUGAUUGAUAAUGGAUAUGAUAAAUUGGGAAAUAAAAUAAAAAGGAAAAAUAUUGUUGUUGAUACAAAAAAUGAAAUUAGAAGUAUAAAAGGUUUGUAUAUGAGUGGACAAGUUUAG